AUGGAAGAAGCUUUUAAAGUUGUAAAGGAUCAUUUCACUCCGAUUUUCUUGAAACCUCUGAAGUUUCGAGAUAUGACCAAAGAGCAGAAAAAUGAAGCGUUAAGAGAUGCAACUGCUCGAGUUAUAUUCAUCUUGCUCUUGCCUUAUAUUCUUUCAAUCCUGAUAUCUUUUUCCAUUGGAGUAUCUUCCAUGAUUUUGCUGAAUGAGAUCAUUGCUAAACUGUUGGGAUCUUACGAUUCAAAAAAGCUUCUCCGGAGGGGAUGCGUUGUCCUCAGUGGAUCAAUUAUUCUGGGUUCAUGUCUUCUAUUAUCUACAAUGCGAAUUGUUCCCUUCAUAUAUCAGUUUUUGUUUUCGAUUAUCGGAUUUUAUUGA